AUGAGCUUCGGAUUUGGAGUAGGCGAUUUUCUGGCUGUGGCAGAAUUGGUCGACGAGACGAGAAAGCGUUUCAAAGGAGCUCCAACCGAAUUCAAUGCGCUCGCUAACGAGACACGAAUACUUCAAACCAUCGUCAAUGAUGUCAAGAUUCGGGUCGACGAUGACGAUCUGGCGCCCUUGGACAGAGACAAGCUGCACGACGCUUCGAAAAAUUGCGAGAACGUCUUGAGAGAUCUGAAUUUGACUGUUGAUCAUUUUACGGAACUUGACUUGUCUAACCCGCCUCAAAAGAUACUGUCAAAAGGCAUGUGGAAGCGUCUCAGAUGGGACUCCGGAGAUGCUGAUAGGCUACGUUCUCGCCUCAUUUCAGCAAUCCAGCUUCUCGAUACUGUUCGCCAGCGGUUAAGCAGUGCACAACAACAACACGACUUAAAGAAGCUGACAGAAAUCGCCAACUGGCUGGCGCCAGGAACCUACGCUGAGCAACAAGCGGACUUCUUCAGCAAGGUGCACCCAGGCACAGGACAGUGGAUUUUCACAGACCCAGUAUACCGCGCAUGGCGUGAUGGGGGGCUGAAUCGAUUGUUGCUUUCAGGCAUUCCCGGCGCGGGCAAGACAAUCGUGGCUUCCAGCAUCAUUCAUAAGUUGGAGAACAGUGUAUCUGAGCAAGAUGCUUGUGCAGUUGCCUACUUCUACAGCAGCUUCAAGAGACAUGAAACGCAGUCGACCUUGUCCAUAACGUCCAGUCUUGUACGGCAACUCUUCUUGCAGGGCUCGAAACAUGGUCAUCAUGUCGAAAGCUUGUACGAGGAGCAUAGAAAAGGCAGCUCCACUGCGCGUCCCAACCAAAAAGAGAUCUUUUCAGUCACAUUCAUCAUUGAUGCUCUGGACGAAUGCCAGGGAUCAAGUAAGCCUGAGGACAAGCCUUGGGAAGAUGUGCUCGCGUUGCUUUUCAAAAUGCAAGACAGGCUCAGUUCAACAGUUGCAAUCCAAAUCUUAGCCACCUCGCGUCCGAUUCCGGAAGCUCUCGAAUACUUCCAGGAACUGGAGCGCAUCAACAUCCAUGCCACGGACGAUGAUCUUGCCACGUUCUGUGAUGCGAUGAUACCAAAGUUUGAAUGCAUUGCAGGGAAGACCGAUCUGCAUCCACAAAUCAAAGAUGCCAUUUGUGAAAGCGUCCAAGGAAUGUAUAUUUCGAUUAGGUUCCUCCUUGCCAAACUACAUUGUGAUGCCCUCAUGGACAAGACAAAACCUAAGGAUGUCAUGCAAUCGCUCAAGAAAUUCAGGGAAGGCGGUAAUGCUCUGGGUCGCGCGUAUGAGGACACCAUGCAAAGGAUAAAGAGCCAACCCGAAGAGCACAAAGACCUAGCAAGAAGGGUCCUGAUAUGCGUCACUUACUGCGCUCGGCCACUUUGCGUAGCUGAAGUGCAACAUGCCCUGGCGAUCGAUGCGGACAUGAAAGAGAUAGAUGAGGCAUACGACCUUGACGAUCCAGAGCUCAUGAUCUCCAGCUGUGCUGGGUUGGUGACCGUGGAAGCCCAGAGUAAGACUAUGCGGCUGGUGCAUGAAACAACCCAGAUCUUCCUUGAGACCCUUUCAAACGGCUUUCUCAUGGAUCCUCAUGGCUUUCUCGCUUCCUGUUGUCUGAACUACUUACAUCUAGAUGAAUUUGCGGACGGUCAUACUUAUGUCACAGAUAGCGAAGGAUAUGGAUUUCAUGAGGUUUGCAGCAAUUGGAGUGCAGAAUACUGGGAUCACCAUCUGUCACACACUACACCUGCUAAUCCCGUUACUGAUCGAGUCGUUUCAUUUCUCGACUGUCCUGGACGAAUAGCGUGUGCCUACGAGGUCCUUUACCGAGAGGUCCCUGUUCAAGAGUCGGUCCAUGGAAUCACCGCUCUGCAUUUGCUCGCUCACAUGGGCGCGGAUAAGUGGAUCUUGCGGGCAUACUUCGAAAUGGCUCCCAUGACAAGCACCCAGUGGAUCAGACACGUUACUUCGCGCCGGAUCCUCACCCGACCAUCAACGAGAAUACAUUCAAACACGAUCCAGCUGAGCCGCUCAUACGCCUCAGAAACUACCAAAGCCGAACGCACCUUCGAGUCAACUGAAAGUAGUGUAGACAAGAAGCAAGCUCAACAGAAUCGUCACAAAAUCGACCGUCAAUCCUACGAGUAUUCACAAUCCGGCACUGACGAUGCAGUGGCCUCGCAGUCAAUAUCUUUCGAAAACAAAUCGACUGAUCCCGAGGCGCUUCGAAAAGCAUCUGGCAAAGAGAAUGACUGGAGUAACCCGCUGGAUGCGAGUCCUGCCAACCAGUCCAUGAGUGCGCAAACAGUCGAGGUCAGAGGUGAUGAGACCACGCCUACGAACUCGGUCACCAAGGAGAAAGGCAUGUCUCGGAGUGAAUCGACCACCAAGAGUGGCAAACCUGGUGCUGAGAAGCAAGUGUUUGCUGGGUCGACCAAGGCUGCAAAGGAGAAGAGGGUGCCGAUGGUGGAACAUGGUGUUCGGUAG